AUGCGUUGGUUCUUACUCCUAGCAUGCGUCAGUAUAUGUCGCGGCCACACUAACAGUGACAGCAAGCUGGCCGCCCAGGGUCAGGAGAAAGGGAUCAUAGAUUGGAUCAACAGUUGGCUCAGCACCACCUCGACAACAACCUUCAGACCUAUCAAUGAUCCUCCUGCUACUUGUCCUACUUGCCAAUGUGGUAUAGCUAGAACUCGUCGUCGCAUCGUCGGUGGCUAUGAGACCAAGAAGUUGGAGAUGCCUUGGGUAGUGCCUCUCAUGUAUAACGGAAGGUUCUACUGUGGUGGUUCACUCAUUAACGACUUGUAUGUGCUUACAGCUGCUCAUUGCACUUCGGGAUUCCGCAAAGAAAGAAUGUCAGUUCGUUUCCUGGAACACGAUCGGUCCACUCCUAAUGAGACCAAAACGGUGGACAGGAAAGUAGCCGCCAUUAUCAGACACAUGCGUUACAAUCCUGGGAAUUAUGAUAAUGACAUCGCUAUCUUGAAACUUGACCAGAGAAUUGACCUCAGCACGGCUCUGAAGCGCGCAAGUGAAGACUCGGAAGAAGAAAAUGACGUUGGUAUUCGACCUGGCUGUCUGCCCGUCGCUGGACACUCCUACAGUAAUCGGACCGCCGUAGUAGCUGGUUGGGGAACCACUGAAGAAGGAGGGAGUGUAUCCAGUACACUGCAGGCCGUGAAAGUUCCAAUCAUAUCUAAUGAGGAGUGCAGAAAGACGGAUUACAAGAACCGCAUUACAGAUAACAUGUUGUGUGCGGGCGAACAGGAGGGAGGCCGGGACGCGUGUCAGGGAGACUCCGGGGGACCACUACACGUGAUUGAGGAGGGAACUGGGAAACAUAGUAUUGUGGGUGUAGUGUCGUGGGGAGAAGGAUGCGCCCGACCCAACAAGCCAGGAGUGUAUUCUAGAGUCAACCGAUACUUGACGUGGAUUAAGAGCAACACACGUGACGCCUGCUACUGCUCAUAG